AUGGACAGUCAACCAACUUAUAACCUCAAAAUCUUCUCCUAUGGACGAUCAUUCGGCCGCAUGGAAGAACCGAGCAGUCGCCAACAACAAAUGAAAUAUUCCCUAACAGACCUGCCAAACCCGCCGGCCGAGCUGAGGCGGGACAGCACGGGUCUCGAUCUUCCUGUACAAACGGCAGUUCUUGCAACGAACGGCGCUGAAGGCCGACUAAAGAAAAUGAUCUGUUCGAUCGAGGCCAAGAUAGAGGAUAUGGAGAACGUCGUUUCCUCCGGAACUGAAACCCAAAGCGAAACCCAGGAUACACUGGUCGUCGCCGUGGCCUGUGUCAGCGGCAAGCACCGUAGCGUCACAUUCGUCGAGAAAUUGUAUCAGCAUUUCGACGAGAAGAAACGACAAGGCUGGCAUGUCUCGAUGGAGCAUCGUGAUCUAGCUGUUCACGACAGCAGUCUGAGUCCCAGCGCCACGGGCGGCGACAUGGGUGUCCCCCAUAGUAGCUUGGGGCUUCCCGCAACGGGUGCAGUCUUGUCCCUGGACCCGAGAAAGCAGAUGCUGGACGAAGCACUGAUAAGGGAAAAGGUUCAAGCCAUGACGGGCUUGGAUGAGCAGAAAGGGACAGGAUCGUGA